AUGCCUUCCUCUCCGGCGCUUCAACUCUCAAACCUUUUGCUCCACUGCACAUUCGAACAGCUGCAGCAGCUUCAUGCCUUAAUUAUCAAAACAUCCCUAGACGGAAUCCCCGAAAUCCGUUUAAAGUUCCUCCGGCGGAGCACUGAAUUUGGGAGGAUGGAGUAUUCGAAUCUCAUUUUCAACCAAAUGGGCGGUUUUUUAAAUACAGAAAUCACUCUUUGGAAUGCGAUGAUAAGAGGCUAUGCAUAUAAUGGACCCUUUAGGAAUUGCAUUUCAAUGUUUGAUGAAAUGAUUCUUAGAAAUCUUAAACCAAAUAAUUUCACAUACCCUUACGUUUUGAACUCUUGCUCUCAGUUGGGAUUGUUUAGUAAAGGCCAAAGAGUGCAUUGUCAGAUAAUAAAGUCUGGAUUUGUGAGUGCUUUUUCAGUUGGGAAUGGACUUUUUGAUUUUUAUGUAAAAAAUAUUGAUUCUUUACAGAUGGGUUUGGGGAAGAGUGGUAGUUUAGAUGAUGCUAGGAAGAUUUUCGAUUUUAUGUGUGAAAAGACAAUAGAAUUAUGGAACAGAAUGGUUGGUGAAACUGUGAAGGCUAGAGAUUUGUUUGAGCGAAUGCCGGAGAAGAAUGUGGUGUCAUGGACUACUAUCGUUGGAGCGUAUGCUCAUGUAGGUGACCUCAAAACCGCGAGGAAAUUUUUCAAUAAAAUGCCCGAGAGAAAUGUGAUUUCAUGGAAUUGCUUGAUGUCGGGUUACACCCAGAAAGGGGAAUUUCAAGAGGCACUCAAUCUUUUUGUUCAGAUGCAGUUAGAAGGUCUCGAGCCGGAUUCUUUCUCCUUUGUUUCAGCUCUAUCAGCUUGUUCCAACUUAAGUGAUCUUCAGUGUGGGAAAUGGGUGCACUCUCUGAUAAAAGAUUGGCCUAAUCUAGGUGUUAUAGUAGGGACAGCCCUUAUAGAAAUGCAGGGAGGCAGUGAAAUCAUCGUAACUGUCUUGAGGAUUCCCAAGUUUCUCCACAACAACUUGUUGAUUCUCAAUCUUGAAUACUAUGUAACGUGCUUUCUACUCAACUUCUUCAUCAACAAAAUUGAAAGGAUGGCCUUUGUCACGACUGCUGAAGUUUGUGAUGCAAAUCCACAGCUUAUCGUGAGUGGCGAGCUCCGCGCACUCCAGCCAGUUUUCCAGAUAUAUGGAAGGCGCCCAGUCUUUUCCGGACCAGUUGUUACUCUGAAAGUAUUUGAAGACAAUGUUUUGGUUCGUGAAUUUCUCGAGGAGAAAGGUAAUGGAAGAGUGCUGGUUGUCGAUGGGGGUGGUAGUUCGAGGUGCGCAAUAUUGGGUGGCAAUCCUGUGGUGCAAGCUCAGAACAAUGGAUGGGCAGGUAUAGUAGUCAACGGCUGUAUAAGAGACGUAGACGAAAUAAAUGGUUGUGACAUUGGGGUGAGAGCUCUGGCUUCACAUCCAAUGAAAGCUAAUAAGAGGGGGAUCGGCGAAAAGAACGUUCCAGUUACUAUAGCUGGCACUAGAAUAUGCGAUGGAGAAUGGCUUUAUGCAGAUACUGAUGGUAUUCUGAUUUCCAAAACUGAGUUGUCUGUUUAA